AAAUAUACUCCAACUUUUUGCACAAUUUAAUUAUUAUUCUUGGUUGCAUCGAGCUGAUACAAAUUAACACUCAUAAUUCAGUCUCCCCUUUACCUAAAUAUUGCCAAUUUUUUUUAUCUUUCGUAACCAUGUCAAAAUUUGAUCCUUACGACCACCUCAAUGUGUUGCUGAAUAAAGAUGGAACUUUAACUCGUCUCUUUGAUUUUCCUACAACACAAGCCACUGGUGAUAAAGGACAUCUCCCUGGCCAAUCCGUUGUUAGUAAAGAUAUCACUUUAAAUGCAGACAAGAAAACUUGGAUCAGACUUUAUCGUCCAAGUAAAUUGCCUUCCAAUGAUAAAUCCGUCGCAAAACUUCCCAUCAUAAUUUACUUCCAUGCAGGAGGGUGGAUUCAUUUCAGCAUAGCAAAUACUAUGAUCCAUGAAAGUUGUAACCAGCUCUCUAGUGAGAUCCCAGCCAUAGUUGUGUCCGUAGAAUAUCGUCUUGCACCCGAAAAUAAACUCCCUGCACCGUAUUAUGACGCAGUUGAAACAGUUCUUUGGAUCAAGAACCAAUUGGAUCGUGUUAAUGGUGAGAAAUGGCUAAGGGAUUAUGGAGAUUUCUCAAGGUGUUACCUUUAUGGUGUAAGUUGUGGAGGAAACAUUGCUUUUAACUCUGCACUUAAACUUCUUGAUCGAAAAAUAGAGCCAUUACGUAUCAAUGGAAUUAUAAUGAACCAACCCCUUUUCGGAGGUAAAAUGAGGACAAAAUCUGAAAUGAGGUUGGCUACAGAUACAUUCUUUCCUUUACCGGUAAUUGAUGUUCUUUGGGAUUUAGCAUUGCCACAAGGGACAGAUAGGGAUCAUAGGUUUUGUAAUCCAAUAGCAGAUGGACCUUAUAGGGACAAGAUUAAGAAUCUUGGAAGAUGUUUGGUGAUUGGAUUUGGAGGUGAUCCUUUGGUUGAUAGGCAACAAGAUUUUGUGCAAAUGUUAGUUAAGGAAGGAGUUGUGGUUGAAGCUAGGUUUGAUGAUGUUGGAUUUCAUGGAAUUGAUGUUGUUGAUAGUCGAAGAGCUGCUGCUAUUAUUAAUUUCAUUAAGGAGUUUGUUUGAUGUUCCUUUGAUAACAUAGGGGGAAAAAAACAGUGUCAAUGUUAUAAGGUUAUGUUAUGUGCAGGGUACUCUGAAAAGGAAUGACCAUGUUGGUCUAACUGUACGCAAUCUUACUUUAUAAUUUCAGCAAGAUAUAUUUGUUUCCAUCGCUUGAACCUGCGACCGUUCUUAAACUAGGAAAUGAUAAUUACUAGAGUUACAGAAUUGAUCUCAA